AUGACUGGCUCCAACGAGUUCAAGCUGAACCAGCCGCCCGAGGAUGGCAUCUCGUCGGUGAAGUUCAGCCCCAACACUUCCCAGUUCCUGCUGGUGUCCUCCUGGGACACGUCCGUGCGCCUCUACGAUGUGCCGGCCAACUCCAUGCGGCUCAAGUACCAGCACACGGGCGCCGUGCUGGACUGCGCCUUCUACGAUCCAACUCAUGCCUGGAGUGGGGGGUUAGACCAUCAGCUGAAAAUGCAUGAUCUGAAUACUGAUCAAGAAAAUCUUGUUGGGACCCAUGAUGCUCCUAUCAGAUGUGUUGAAUACUGUCCGGAGGUGAACGUGAUGGUUACUGGAAGUUGGGAUCAAACAGUUAAAUUGUGGGAUCCUAGAACUCCUUGUAAUGCUGGAACUUUCUCUCAGCCUGAAAAGGUGUAUACCCUCUCGGUGUCUGGAGACAGGCUGAUUGUGGGCACAGCAGGCCGCAGGGUGUUGGUGUGGGACUUGCGGAACAUGGGCUACGUGCAGCAGCGCCGGGAGUCCAGCCUGAAGUACCAGACCCGCUGCAUACGCGCCUUUCCAAACAAGCAGGGUUAUGUAUUGAGCUCUAUUGAAGGCCGGGUGGCCGUUGAGUACUUGGACCCAAGCCCUGAGGUACAGAAGAAGAAGUAUGCCUUCAAAUGUCACCGACUGAAAGAAAAUAAUAUUGAACAGAUUUACCCAGUCAAUGCCAUUUCCUUUCACAACAUUCACAAUACAUUUGCCACAGGUGGUUCUGAUGGAUUUGUAAAUAUCUGGGAUCCAUUUAACAAGAAGCGACUAUGCCAGUUCCACCGGUAUCCCACCAGCAUUGCAUCCCUUGCCUUCAGUAACGAUGGGACUACGCUCGCAAUAGCAUCGUCAUAUAUGUAUGAAAUGGAUGACACAGAGCAUCCGGAAGAUGGGAUCUUUAUUCGCCAAGUGACAGAUGCAGAAACAAAACCCAAGUCACCAUGUACUUGACAAGAUUUGAUUUACUUAAGUGGCAUGUUGAUGAUAAUAAAACAAUUUGUACUCCCCAAUGGUGGAUUUAUUACUCUUAACAAAGAAACCAGGGAAAAAUAUUAAUUUUAUUAUUAUGAGAACCUGAAAAUUAUGGAAAAAAGGUUUUUAUUGAUUUUUUUUUUUUUUUUUUUUAAAUACACACUUUCUUAAGUACAUGAGAUGCUUUGAUGGUUUGCUUCAUUAAAGGUAUUUGGGCAGACAGUUGUUGGAGGGCAGAGACUGCACUUUUGAGAACCAGUUUGACCUUGGUGAUUUUUGUUUCCAUCGCGGGGAUAAAUGUUUGUAAAUACACAAACACUGGGGAAUAGAAGUAGCUUAUGUUCUCUCGCCCUCAGAUGGGAGAGGCAAGGGCUCUUGAGCCGUUUGUUUCUUUUGCGGUUCUGGUUACUGAUUCUGAAGCUGCUUCAGACUGCCUCAUGAGGAGGUUAAUCUACAAUUAAACAAUAUUUCCUCUUGGUCGUCCAUUAUUUUCUGAAGCAGAUGGUUCAUCAUUUCCUGGGCUGUUAAACAAAGCGAGGUUAAGGGUAGACUCUUGGGAAUCAGCUAGUUUUCAAUCUUAUUAGGAUGCAGCAGGAAAACUAAUAAGAAAACCUCCUAACAUCAUUUUGUGACUGUAAACAAUUAUUUAUUAGCAAACAAUUGAUCCCAGAAGGGCAAAUUGUUUGAGUCAGUAAUGAACUGAGCAAAGACAGAGCAGAUCUGGGUAUUGGGAAAAUAAUUGUCACGUAAUUGCAGUGCAUUUAGACAGGCAUCUAUUUGGACCUGUUUCUAUCUCUAAAUGAAUUUUUGGAAACAUUAAUGAGGUUUACAUAUUUCUCUGACAUUUAUAUAGUUCUUGUGUCCAUUUCAGUUGCCCAGCCGCUGGUGAUUAAGGUUAAAAAGAAAACAAUGACAGGAGAAUGAGAUUCCUUUCAGCGUAAUGCCCUAAAGCAGGACACGAACUUCACUGGGCCUAGUCCAGGUGGCUCCAAGUCGUGUUUCUGUGGUCAGGCAUUUUCUUUUUUACUUUGUUGUUUGGAAAUGCAGGUCACUGAAUAGGACUUGGUCCUUACGAAAUUGAUUCAUCCAUGAUGUACUUUUAAAAAAUUCUGUUGAUGCAGAGAAGUGUCUUAUUUUUAUUUCCUAAGUAUGUCAGACAACUUCCCGGCAGCCUGAACCUGUCUUUUGAAAUGUAUUUUCUUCAUUGCAGGUCUACCUAAUCCUGCCGUGAGAGUGGUUUCUCUAUGGAAAGCUUUGUUUACUUCCUACAAAUACAUGAUCAUCCCCUAAGGGAUGUGUUGUAGUCAUUGUGGACACGGUGCUUAGUUUGUGGAUUUCUCUGCUUUCUGUCUUUGUAUACCAUUCCACACUCACGCUGUUGAGGGCCAGGGGUCUGUUCUCCUGCAGUAACCUGAAGACUUGCCCCCACCCCCCACCCCCCCGCCCCAGCCCAGUGCCGUUAGUGAGCAGCUUGGGCUCUUCCUGGAACAUAGUCUCUCCCACCUGUGACUCCCAUGCUAUCCUAAUAAACUAGAGAUUCAGAACCCUU